UCGCCUUCUAGAACGCUUCUUAUGACUCUAAUACAAGGUCCCUUUCAUAGCCUUCCAGACAAACAGCUAUUGAGUACCACUAGAUUCGUUCGGUUGCAAUUGUUCACUAGUUACGUUGAUCGAGACCCAUUGUAUUGUGUGUCGGAGAAUGGAAGUCUGCACACACAGAAUUUUUUUGCAGACAGGGAAACCAAUUGUAAUUCUUACUCGUAGAAUACCGACUCCACGAAGUAGGUACUGCUCAGAUUGUAAAUUACACUGCAGGUUGUGCAAUUGGACAAGGUGAAGUGAGGUUGUUGCGUAAGAUCUCACAAUCCCUUCGUUUUCUUUCUCGAAGUUUUCUGAGAGAUUUCAUCGAAAUGUCUCACCAUCAUUUCCACCCACGGGCCGAUUCCCCGACUGUGGACGUUGUUGUGGAUAUUGGGAACCCUAUCUUGAACUCCACGGUGAAUGGGUUCCUCAAAGUGGCGCCAGUGGGGGCCUCACACGCAGUGACACAAGAAGCUUUCAGAAUGUUUCAAGAUGAAAGAGUCACAAAACGUGAUCUUGAGAGGAUGGUGAAGAGAGCAGGCAAGGACGGUCUUCAGUGGGGUGUUGUUGCUGGUGUCUACUCAGGUGUGCAGUACGGCAUUGAGCGUAUGCGUGGUAGGCGUGAUUGGAAGAAUGCAGCCAUUGGAGGUGCUAUCACGGGUGCAAUUCUUACCAUGGGGGAUAAGCAAUACGAUAGGCAGAGAAUGAUCCAGACGGCUAUCACGGGUGGAGCCAUUGCCACUGCCAACGAGUUUCUUCGCUAUUUGUAGUGUGGCUCUUCGCAUACGCAUGGUCGAUGUCUAUGAGAAUAACAUUAAGGUCCUUCCAUUCUUACUCACGUGUAUUUCGUAUUUCUUUGCUGCUGUGCAACAAUCGAGUUCUUGUAAUCCAAUCACUUGAUGCUUGGCUUGCAUCUCCUAUGUCCAGUUUGCAUA